AUGGAUAUUAAAGAGCUGUUGAAAACACCAGCAAGGGUUCAAGUGUCACGGGAAAAUCUACCCUCAAAUAUACCACCUCAGACAGGGCUAAUAUUCAAUAUAUGGUAUAAUAAAUGGUCACAUGGUGCUUCCUCCAAUAAUUCUCAGGGGUUUCUAAAUAAAUACAGAUGCAACCCCCAAAAAGAUAGUGGAUAUACCCAAGGUAGUAUCAAGAAAUUCAAAAACAAAGAUGCUACUAAUACUGUUUACUUUUGUUUGUAUUUUGCAAAAGGUUUAUGUUGUAAAGGUUCCAAAUGUGAAUAUCUACAUUAUAUCCCUUGUAAAGAUAUGCAUUUGACAACUAUUGCAAAAGAUUGCUUUGGAAGAGAUAAAUUCAGUGAGUAUCGUGAUGACAUGGCUGGUGUUGGUAGCUUUAAUAAAAUAAACAAAACAUUAUAUAUUGGUGGAUUAUCACCACAGGGAACUGGACUACCCAACAAUACCCCACCUUAUAUUCUAGAAGCCAAACUAAAGCAGAGGUUUGGAGAAUUUGGCGAUUUAGAGUAUAUAAGAUACUUGAAGGAAAAAAACUGUUGUUUUAUUCAAUAUAGAUAUCAAAGUUGUGCCGAAUUUGCCAAAGAAGCGAUGAGUCGACAAAGCCUAUUGGAUUCGGAUGAGGAAAUUGUUGAUGGUGAUAUAUCGGGAAUAAUUGUCAAAUGGGCUAAGGAGGAUCCUAAUCCACAUUUGAAAAAAAAUAAAAUGGAAUUGGAGGAUGAAAAGAUAGGCAAAUUGAUGGAUGAUGUCCAUAAUGAAUAUGUAAUGAGGCAGCCUGAAAACAAUAAUGAAAAGCAGGAAACUAAUAAAAGGCCAUUAGAAUAUGGUGAAAUAUUUGAUAAGGAUACUGUAAAAUUUUUUAAACAAAAAAUGCUACACAAAAAAAUUUACAACAAUAUACAUUCCAUGGUAUCUAUGUACAAUUCAGAUAAUGAUGAUUAA